GAUAAGGAACCUCUUAUAGUUUAUAAUCGCACAACCUCAAAAACCGAAUCAGUUGUCGAGAUUGGUGCAAUCACUGCAGAAUCUUUAGACCAAGUAGUCGAACGAGCAAAUAUUAUUUUCACCUCCCUUGCAAAUGAUGACGCAGUUAAUCAAGUUUACGAUGAAUUACUAAAAUCAUCGAGAUCUAAUGAUGGAAAAAAUGCAAUUUUUAUUGAAAUGAGCACAAUUUAUCCAACAACAAUUGCUAAUAUCAAGGAGAGGGUUGAAAAAAUUCCAAACCGACAUAUCAUCUGUUGUCCUGUAUGGGGUCCACCUAUUAGUGCAAAGGAAGCUCAAUUAGUUAUAAUCACUUCUGGCCAUCAAGCCGCUAUUGAACAUGUUAUGCCCUUACUUAUACCUGUAUUGGGAAAAAAAACAAUUUCCAUUGGCGAAGAUGUAACGAAAGGUGUGACAUUUAAAUUAACCGGAAAUUUUUUCAUUGCUGGUAUAAUUGAAUUAUUAUCUGAAGGAAUGACUUUGGCUGAAAAGACUGGAAUUGGAAGAGAUAAACUUAUGGAAUUUGUUGAUUUAUUCUUUCCAUUCGGAAGUUUUCAAAAUUAUGUCACUAAUUCUUUAAAAGAUGUUGAUCAUAUGCGACAUCUCGCCGCAGAAUACGAAUGUCCACUCCCAGUUAUUGACAUUGUUCACCAACAUCUUAUUUCCGCAAAAGCGAACAAUGGAGAGAAUUAUGAUUGGUCAAGUAUUGUUGGAGUAUUGAGAAUCGCUGCUGGAUUACCUUUUGUUAAGAAAGAAUAA